AUGGACGGCGGCGAAUCUUCCGGCAGCAAGAUGCUGUCCACGCUGAAGAGCCUCGUCUCCACGACCAGCCCGUCGGUGAAGAAACUGCUCGGCUGGAAGCAGGUCGACGAGGAGGAAAAGUGGGCCGAAAAGGCCGUUGAGUUCCUGGUCAAGAAGCUCAAACAGCAGAAGGGAACGGCCAUCGAAGAUUUGGAGCGAGCGCUGUCCUAUCCGGGCCACCCAUCGAAGUGCGUUACGAUUCCGCGGUCGCAGGACGGUCGGCUGCAGGUGUCCCACCGGAAGUGCUUGCCGCACGUGAUUUACUGUCGCGUUUGGCGUUGGCCCGAUCUGCAGAGUCAGCACGAGUUGAAGCACAUCGAGAGCUGUCAGUUCCCGUACAACGCCAAGCAGAAGGACGUCUGCAUCAAUCCGUAUCAUUAUACGCGGGUUGAGAGUUCGGUGCUGCCGCCGGUUUUGGUUCCAAGGUAUUCGGAGUUUGCACCACCGGCGUACUCCCAGGUGCCUCCGCAGUAUAACGCUAUGACGACUUACAUGGGCCCGCACAGCCCAACUCCAUCGAUGUCCAGCAUGGGAUCGAGUCCGCCGAGUCCGUUCGGAUCUCCUACCCAUAAUCAGCUGGACACGAACCAGGUGGAGCCGGUCGCCUUCCAGGAACCCCCGUACUGGGCGGACAUUGCUUACUACGAGAUGAGUACCCGCGUUGGAGAGGUGUUUCACUGCAAGUCGAACUCGAUCGUCGUGGAUGGGUUCACCAAUCCGUCGAACAAGUCGGAUCGAUUCUGCCUGGGCCAGCUGAGCAACGUCCGCAGAGACAGUAACAUCGAGAGUACCCGUUGCCACAUCGGGCAGGGAGUUCAACUGUAUUACGUCCAUGGGGAAGUCUACGCCGAGUGUCUUUCCGAUGCGGCCAUUUUCGUGCAGAGUCGUAACUGCAACCAUCAGCACGGGUUCCACUCCAGUACGGUGUGCAAGAUUCUGCCGGGAUGUUCGCUGAAGAUCUUCAACAACCAGCAGUUCUACCAGCUGCUCUCGCAGUCGGUGCACCAGGGGUACGAUGCGGUGUUUGAGCUGACCAAGAUGUGCACGAUCCGGAUGAGCUUCGUCAAGGGUUGGGGCGCGGAGUACCAUCGGCAGGACGUCACCUCGACGCCGUGCUGGAUCGAGAUUCAUCUGCACGGUCCGCUCAAGUGGCUGGACAACGUGCUGAGCCAGAUGGGAUCGCCGCAUAAUGCGAUUACUUCGGUGUCUUAA